AUGACGACACGUAUUGAAGCUGUUUUUCGAAGCCCUUUGGACUCAAGGGGCCUGUCUUUUUCCCUGUGGCCCAACUUCCCGGAACUGCCCCAAGACAUGAAAGUCAGACCAAAUCUUCAGCCAGGUAGCCCAGAGCCCUGGCUUCUCCCAGGCUGCAGCUCAGUGUAUGAUAGCCUGGUCAGCUCUAGAACUCCGCAGUCCCCCUCUCUAAAUGAAGGAAGAAAUGUUUCUACCAUACAGAAGCCUCGCAGAUCCUCUAUUCUUGAGAGGUGCAUUCUCAAGAUGUCUACAGCUAAUGUUGCAGUUGGGACAGAAGAUAUAGAUGAAAUUAAGAGAUCCCCCACAAGACUUCGAUGGUAUUCUCAUAAUGCAGACCCAUCACAUUUUGAGACUAAUGAGUCAGUUCUGAAGCGCAGACAGAAACAAAUUCAGUAUGGAAAGAACACUUGUGGCUAUCAGAACUAUCGGAAGCAGGUGCCAAAGUGUCUUCGUAUUCCUGGGUUUCACCCAUCCACUCCAAACAAAUACCGCAAAUAUAGCCGAAGAUCUUGGGAUAUGCAAGUUAGACUCUGGAGGAGAGCACUGCAUUCUUGGGACCCCCCUUUAACUUCUCAAGAGAAUAUGGAAGGAGAAGACCCAGUUGAUCAACUGCGGGGCUUGCUUGAGCAAAUGAAUACUGAGCUGGGUGAAGAAGGGAGGGAAGAGAAGGAAAGGAGACUGGAAGAAUCUGUUCCCAGUGCCUCUGUGCUCUCUCAGCCUAUGGAGAGCUCAAUCAAAGGAUUCUGGAAGCCUCUUGAUGCUCAAGCUCAUCCGUUGGACCAGCAAGACCAGACCUCAGGAUUGGGCUAUUCCUUUAAUAGUGACCUAACUGCUGAGGAGAAUGUUCUAGGGUGGCUGAGAUUUCUUUUGGAGACUGACCAUGCGCGAAGUGAAGUUGCCUCACAAGAACCACUAUGGAGAUUUUAUUGA